AUGAACAAAAUUAAAAUUGAACGAAUCGAAGAAACUUCAAAUUGGACUUCUACCACUAAAAAUGCAAAAAUAACAGAGGAGCAAAUUCGAAGGAAUUGUCGGUGUUUAAUUGAUACAAGCUCUCCAGCUGCAUUGGAACGUGAUUUUUAUGCCUGGCUUAAUGGUAUUGAGCCUGAUACAGACAUUUCUCGUCCAUGCCUUUUUGCAACCAAUUCCUCUUCCUUUCCCUCUACAAUUUCAUCAACAAUAACUCCAAUAGAAGAAUCACCAGCAUUUUUAAUCCCAAUGGAAUAUUCAGCCUCAAUUCCAUCUACUAUAUAUUAUUCUUCUUCCUCUUCAUCCUCAUCUGCCGCCUCUUCUUCCUCAAUAAGCCCGGGGAACUCUAAUAUUUUUUGUAAUAAUUCUUCAAUUAUUUCUUCUUGUUCGCAUCAAUUAGGAUUUUAUAAUCAUUUAAUAUUAAAUAAUAAUAAUCAACAACAACAACAAGGUACAACAGUAAAAAGGGCAAGAAAUAAUCAGAAUAAUUACAAAAAUGAAUGUAGUAACAACAAUAAAGUACGAAGAAAAAGAAAUGUUGACAAAGGUGGUGUUAAUUAA